CUUCCCUUUCCCACUCUCAAAAUUUUCAGGUUUCUGUUUGUCUGUCGCUCGUUUUCUUUUCAGUUUUUGGUACUCUGUGUUCUUUUGUUAACAGAGGGGAUUUUGGUGGAUGUUGUGAAUGAACGGAUGAGCUUUCCAACUCAAUCUCUAAGAUAGAGAGAUAUAGAGGGAUUUAUUGAAAUAAUCACAAUCAACCAUCCUUGGUUUUGCAUUGCAGGAGCUCUUCUGGCUUCGCUCUUCCUUUCAAAUAGUUAUCACCUCGAAUCUCUUGGGGCCUCCUGUUGAAGACUCUUUCAGGUUUGUCUGUCCUUCUGCGUUCUGUUUUUCCUUUUCCCUCAUUCUUUUAGGGGUUUGUAGGCUUUGUUUUCCUUUGCCUUGUUUUUGCACAACCAAACAAACCAUGGUAAAAGAGGCAAUCGAAGGGAAGGUUCUUGUUUCUGAAUCAGAACCUAAAGAAAAGGAUGAAGCAAACAACACAGCUACCGAGACAUCUGCACCUAAGUCAGAGAAGAUGGAUGAGGAUGCACCAACCAUUUUUUCUGGAAGUGAAGAGAUGAAAGAAGGAAAUAAAGAAGAGGUGAAGAAGGAUACAGAUGGAGAGAAUAAGAUUGAAGUGAAGAAGGAAAUGAAUGAAGGGAAUAAGAAGGAAGAGGUUAAUAAGGGAAAAGAUGAAGACAAUAAAGAGGAAGAAGCAAAAAGGCAAGAAAAAGAAGAAAAAAAGUCAAAUAAGAAAGCCGGUAAGUCAAGGAAGAGGAACAGAAAGAAGGCAAAACCAAUGAAUGCUGAUGUGGAAGCUGCAAAAGACGUUGAUAAAGCAGAAACAUCAGAUAAAAAGAAAUCUUCAAAGAAUGUAGAGAGUAUGGGGAUGAUAUUCAUGUGUAAUUCAAAGACCAAGCGGGAUUGCUACCAAUACAAGGUUCUUGGGUUGCCUGCAAGCAAGAAAGAAUUAGUUUCCAAGGUUUAUAAAGGCACAAGGCUGUUUUUGUUUGAUGUUGAUCUGAAGUUGAUGUAUGGGAUCUAUAAAGCUGCAGGACCUGGGGGUUAUAACAUUGAACCAAAGGCUUUCAAGUCAGCAUUUCCUUCUCAGGUGCGUUUCACUGUCUUGGAAGACUGCUUGCCCUUGGCAGAGGAGAAGUUCAAAGCAGUGAUCAAAGACAAUUACUAUGGGAAGAACAAAUUCAAUUGCCAACUGACUGCUGAGCAGGUUAAGAACCUAUGCAAGCUUUUCCUUGUUACUACGAAGGGCUCCAAGUCGAAGCGAGCUGGCAGAAGUAGCAGAAUAGAAACCCACACAUUUAGAGAACGGGAUGGAAGUAGAUGGCAAGGCCAUGAUGGACUGAGGCACCCUGUCUUGGAUAGGGAAGUCUUCUACCCAGACAGUGUUGACAUGCAUGAGAGAAAGGGACGCCCACUAGAAAUUCGACAACCACCACUGCCUCCACCUGCGCGUCAGCGUCAUCCAUUGUAUGCCCAUGAGAGGCCUUCAGAUGUUGAAUAUUACAGGAGGGAUGUUCGCAUCGAGCAUCAUGAUCCACGGCUUCUGGACUCAGAGCUGAGGCCUUCGGAUGCCGAAUAUUACAGGAGGGAUUCUCACAUUGAGCAUCAUGAUCCACGGCUUCUAGAUUUGGAGCUGAGGCGUCGUGAGGAGAUCAGUUAUCGUGAUCCUUACAGGAUUUACAGGGAACCUCCAAUAUAUCCUGCUGCUCCUCUCCCUCCCCUGUACCGAUAUUAGAGUUAAAUUAGUCGCUAAAACUUUGUAUCUUUUAUCAUUCCCUGAUGGGUUUGAAUGUUUUUUAUUAUUUUCUUAGAUUUGGCUUGAGGAUUCUAGCUUAGGUGGAUGGAGCAGGAUAUCUGACCUGAUAAAGAACUUAUGUCAAGCUAUGUCUAAUACCAUGUGCACAGAUCGGAUGAACAUUGUUAAUUAACAUUAACAGGGAAUGUGGACAAGUUCUGUCUUUUGUGACCUUGUUCUUUGUGUUUGUGUAUUUUGUCUCUUUCUAAAUCAGUUUGAGUUUUUCUUUUA